AUGGGCGCACGUGAGUCUCGUCUUUAUCACAGAUCUUCCCCUUACAACAACAGGGCACGACUCGAUUCCUGUGAUGGUCGACUCCCUCAGCAAGAUGGCUCAUUUCGUUCCUUCAAGAAGUCAUUCACAGCAGCAGACACCGUGGAGCUUCUCGCAGACCGUCUUAUCCGCUAUCACGGUUUUCCAGAGGUGCUCAUAUCGGACCGCGACCCCCGUUUCCAGUCGGAUCUUUGGAACCAACUCUGUCGCCGCUUUAACAUCAAGCGGUGCAUGUCCUCGUCCUACCAUCCCCAAAGCGACGGCCAAACUGAACGGGUUAACCGCACACUGGAGCAGAUGCUUCGUACCCAUAUCAAAUCUGACGAGCGCGAGUGGGAGCGUUUGCUUCCGGCCUUGGAGCUUGCCUACAACACAACAAGUCAUUCAUGCACUGAACUGUUUCCCUUCGAGGUCAUGACUGGCGAGAACCCGUUGACUGCUGCGGACCUUGAUAUCGUAGGCGCGUUGGCUCCUACGCUCACUCCUCCGAUGACUAAGCUUUUCCAGCAGCUCUGCGAUAGAGCGCAGAGUCACAUCCAGAAGGCAAAAUGGCAGCAGAAGUACUACGAAGACACAAAGCGUCGAGCAGUGGAGUAUGCAGUGGGAGACAAGGUCUGGCUCAGCAGCACGCACCUACCGCUUUUCCCCACAGCCGCCCUAAGUUCGAGCCCCGUUACCGCGGACCCUUCGAAGUCAUCGAUCGCAUAG